GGCCGUCAGCAGCGCUGGCCACUGGCACCAUAUAACCCUGAUUGAUCCGCCGAGGAGGGAUUUACUUUCUUCAGCCUUUCAUUUAAAGCCGUCCUUUAUUUUAUUCAACUAAAGAAACAAAACAAUGGCAGACACAAAAGUUGAAAAGUCGGAUCUCUCUGCCAAGGAGCUGAAGGAGAAGAAGCUGGUGGAGGAGAAGGAGAACGGCAAAGACGCCGCCACCAACGGCAAGGAGAACGAGAACGGCGAGCCCGAGGUCGAUGACGACGACGAUGACGAGGAAGUGGAUGAGGAGGACGAGGAAGAUGACGUAGAAGGCGAGGAGGAAGACGAGGAGGACGACGAGGACAUCGAGGGCGGCACAAAACGGGCAGCUGAUGAAGAUGAGGACGACGACGAGGACGACGUCGAAACCAAGAAGCAGAAAACCGACGAUGACGAUUGAUGCGUUUCGCCCCCCCGCCCCCCUUCCUCCUGCUGAACCACUUCCUGGUUCUCCACCUCUGGCGGUUUUCAUGCGUCGCAGGUGGAGGGGCGGAGGACUGAUUUAAAAGGAGGGGGAACAAAUAAAUAAUAAUAAUAAAAAAAAUAAAAAAUCCCACAUGGUCAUUAAGCGAGUAGAGUUCAACCGACAUCGACCUCGGUCUCCCCUCAAAACUGCAAAACUAAUUUUCUAGAGGAAGAAAUCCGGCUUUUCUUUUAACGACAACAACACGAAAAGGAGAAUUUGUUUGUAUUUUUAUUUACAUUUUAUAUUUUUGUACAUAUUGUUAGGAGGGGGGUCAGCUUCUCUCUCGUCAGACCAAAUCGGUGCUUCUUUAACGAAAGAUUUUACUUGGUUACGAUAUCUCAACAGAAACGACACGUAAAGACAGUCAACAGAGCAUUCCAUAAACCACGUCAGCUGUUCGUGACCAUGUUGGUGCGUUCGUGCGUUUCAUCGCCGUUUUCAUGUGUGUGCGAAGUUUGUUGUUUGACAAUAAACCGGACUUUUAUUUUGUGAGUUGUA